AUGAAUGACAAUGGUUGUAUACACUUAAACAAUUUUAAGGCUGCGAAGGGUACUAACCCUUACAAAAUCGUGCAUGCAUUUUUUGUGGCAUGCACAUCAUUCGAAGCAAGGAGAUACAAGGCAACAUCAUGCCUGUGCUUCACCUGUGGCAUGCCAGGCCCACGCAUGCAUUCCUGCCUGCAUUGCAUCUAUUUCGCCUGCUACGCUGGCCACAUUCAAGACCAUUCAAAAACAAAAAAACACUUCCUGUAUGUGGACCUUAGCUACGGAAACAUCUACUGCGCUCAGUGCCAAGAUUACAUAUAUGACCGAGAACUGACUGAAAUUGGUGUCACUCACAAGUUGAAGGAAGCUAAAUCUUUGGGCAUUAGCGUGCCGUUCAUGCCAUGGCUACCAAACCCUAACGAGGCCAUGGCCCUCCGGCGUCUGCGUAAGCGGAGACUAAUCAGCCCUCAUACUACAAUCGGUUUGCGAGGCCUUCAGAAUCUGGGCUCUACUUGCUUUAUGAACUGCAUAGUCCAGACAUUGAUCCACACACCCCUGUUACGUGACUAUUUUCUUGGAGAAAAGCAUAAAUGUAAAGCACAAGGUUCGGGCAAGUGCCUCGUCUGUGAGGUUUCCAAACUCUUUCAGGAGUUCUACUCUGGUGCAAAGACACCCCUCACUUUGCACCGCCUCUUGCAUCUGAUUUGGACUCAUGCACGUCAUCUAGCCGGGUAUGAACAGCAGGAUGCUCAUGAGUUUUUCAUAGCAACCCUCGACGUUCUGCAUAGACACUGCAUGAAUGGAGUAGAUGAAAACGGCGAGAAGAAGGAAAACGGUCGCUGCAACUGUAUCAUCGACCAAAUAUUUACGGGUGGUCUCCAGAGUGACGUAGUGUGCACAUCUUGCCACGGUGUAUCUACCACUAUUGAUCCGUUCUGGGAUAUCAGUCUCGACGUGGCUGGCCCGGGCUCGCUUGCAGCCUGUUUGGAACGUUUCACACGGGCCGAGCAUCUCGGAUCUGGAGCUAAGAUCAAGUGCUCAAACUGCCGUGCUUACCGCGAGUCCACCAAACAAUUGACCCUGGAAACAUUACCCAUAGUAGCAAGUUUCCACUUGAAGCGUUUUGAGCACUCUUCACAAAUUGAUAGGAAGAUCAAUGCUUUCGUAUCAUUCCCAGCUGAGCUGGAUAUGACCCCCUUCAUGUCGUCUCAUCGACGUGCAGUAGAUGUGGGCGCGGACAACAACAACGCUCCCGAGGGAGUGUGCGAGGACAACCGUUACUCCCUGUUCGCCGUGGUGAACCACGUGGGGUCGUUGGACGCCGGCCACUACACUGCUUACGUGCGCCAGAUGAAGGGAAGCUGGUUCAAGUGCGAUGACCACAUGAUCACUCGCGCCUCGUUGCGCGAAGUUUUGGAUAGCGAAGGGUACUUGCUUUUCUAUCACAAGACUGUUCUGGAGUAUGACUGUGAAAAUUCUUAG